AUGUGUAUAAGGCCAAGAUUUUCGAGUAUUUUAAGUUUUCUUUCUUGUCCGUUUUCCUUAUUAUCUUUUCAUUUCAUUCUUUCUUUCUUUCUUUCUUUCUUCAUUUUCACAAUAACUUUUCAUCGUCAUCUCUCUCUCUCUCUCACUCUCUCUCUCUCACUCUCUCUCUCUCUAUCUGUUUAUCUCUUUCACUCUCUAUCUUUCUUUCUCUUUCACACUCUCUCUCUCUCUCUAUCUAUCUAUCUGUCUUUAUCUCUCUCUGUCUCUUUCACUCUCUCUCUCUCACUUUCUCUCUAUCUCUUUCACUCUCUCUUUUUCACUCUUUAUCUCUAUCUCUUUCACUUUAACUCUCUCUAUCUCUUUAUCUCUUUCACUCUCUCUCUCUCUCUAUCUCUCUCUAUCUUUCAUUCUCUCACUUUCACUAUCUCUCUAUCUAUCUUUAUCUCUCUCUGUCUCUUUCACUCUAUCUCUUUCACUUUCUCUCUCUAUCUCUCUCUAUCUCUUUCACUCUCUCUCUCCUUCACUCUCUCUAUUCCACUCUCUCUAUAUAUAUCUCUCUACCUCUUUCACUCUCUUUCUCUCUCUCUAUAUAUAUAUAUCUUUCACUCUCUUUCACUCUCUCUCUCUCUUUCACUCUAUCUCUUUCACACACACACACACACAAACACUCUCUCUCUCUCUCUCUUUCUCUCUCCCAGAGCCAAAAAACGUUGUGUACUCAGUUAA